AUGCUCGCAUCAGUGCGAACAGGGCGAGAGAAAGGUGCCAACGGGGUCAGCAGAGCACGCGGUGCACUUGCACCGCCCGGAUCGUUGCAGGUUGACGCAGCGCAACCUCACCGGUAUGUUUGCUUCCACGAGUUUGCUGUGCAUAAAAUGAACCUGAAACCAAGCAGUGAGGCGACGGGUCGCGCGUACGUCUUCCAGACAGCUCUUGUUUCGGUGUUCGGUAGUGACGCGAGUCGCUCGCCACGUCUGGAGUCUCCGCGAGUGCCGCACAGGCGCCGGCACUGCAACCCCUGCUUCGUAUCGGAAUGGACAGUUUGGAGAAGAAACGCUCCAGCCAUGCUGAUGCUCAAGCAUGGGACCAUCAGUGGAGCUUCUGUUGCCUGCGAGCCGCGACUAGGCGCAAGGGGGAGGCUAUCUACGCGGACGCAUACGUCACUGCGUUCUCCGCGGAAAGCUCGAUAUCGUCGCAGCAUAGGCAGCGCUCUGCUAUGUCAAAUGGAUCAUGCAGGAGCGACACGAAAACCACCACGUCUGGUCCUCCUGGGCGGCGGUACAGGAAUGCAUCGCCUUCUCCAUGGUCUCGUGUACUGGUCGCAAGUCCAUAUGCCGUUGGAUAUUACAGCGGUGAUCUGCACCUCGGAUGACGGCGGUAGCACUGGUCGCAUUCGCGCUGAGCUCGGUAUGCCUGCUAUGGGUGAUAUUCGCAAUGCAUUGGAAGGAGUCUGCUCGGCACUAGCGCUCAGCGCACGAUGUAACGCUGAGGUAAGUGGUAGCGAGCGUUACGAUUCUGCGGCUGAUGCAAACGCAUCGUCGACUGCGGAGGAUAUCGCCUGGUGGCGUUUGCUGGGCCAUCGCCUGGGCACCGGUUCCAUCAGGGUCGAAACAAACGGCGAGCAGGCCUUGACUGGCCAUGCACUCGGGAACUUGGUGUUGGCUGCGCUCUACGAAAGUUGCGGACGGCGUUGCUCGCGUGCUGUGCAGGCUUUCUGCCACCUGCUGGGGAUUCCCGUCGAGCGCUGUCGCAUAUGGCCUGCAUCCGAUGAUCUGCUUGAGCUGGUGGGAUCCAAAGCGUCUUCGCCGGGCUCUAAUCCUAGACACAGCGGAUCCAAGCCUGUUUGCGAAACCAUUCGCGGAGAAAGCAACUUUGCGCGCUCUCCAGGGCGUUUGUUCCAAGUGCACGUGGAGCGCACUGCAGCCGCCAAUGGUACCACUGCAUCGACGAAUGACGACACCCGAGGCGAGCCAAGCGCCUGCCCAGAGGCCCUCGAGGCCAUUCGUACUGCGGAUGCGAUCAUUCUGGGACCUGGCUCGUUAUUUACCAGCAUUGCAGCCGUUGCGGCGAUCACGCCAAUUCGAGACGCUAUUCGAAAGUGGAGUAGCGUAGAUCCCAGAUCACCCAAACGUCCAAUCUAUGUCUGUAAUUUGUGGACAGAACCAGGAGAGACGGACGGGAUGGAUGUUUGGGCUCAUGUGGAUGCGCUGCGAGCCAUCCUGGAUGCUGAGGAAUCCGAGUUUGAACAACCCGCGUCAAGGAUACCCCUGCAGGUGCUCAUCGACGUCUCCCAGGUUCAGUCGCAUGCCGUAGAGGCGUCGCUCGUUGAGCCCCAGCAUCGAGAGGUUUCCGUUGCAACAAAAUCAUCACAGACGCACCCUGUACUCGUCUCGUUGUUGCCGUCGUCGUCUUCGUCAUCAUCAUCAUCAUCAGCAGCAGCAGCAGCAGCGACUGAAUCACUAAUCAUAGAAGCGCACUCAGGUGUAUCCUUUCAAGUGGAUCGCUUACGGGCGCCGAGCGAGGAGUCUGCGGCCUCGGGUGCGAUGCUUUCCACCAGCAAACCUCCAGGUCACGACCCACAUCUGCUAACCAGAGCACUCCUUCGCCUGCUUUUCCAUCAACGCCAUACGGGUGCAGCAUCCACAGCAACCGUUGGUAAAUAG